AUAGAACUUCCUGCUGCAUUCGAAACAAAAAUGAAUUUAUUCAUAAUAUUGAAAGUUACGCACAUUUUAAUGUUAAUUUUGGUAACACAGCCCUGUCAUGGCUUGUUUGAAUGGUUAUACGGUGAAGACAGUGAAAAUGAGUUAAAAUCCACACCUGGGCAGGCUGACAUGAAAUAUGAAGUGGUCAUAACUGACGACAAAUUCCUGGAAUUUGCCAAAACUCUGACCGAAUUAAAACCACUUGAUGCCUGUCAUAAUAUUGUGGUAUAUAAUUUAAAGAAGAAAUGUGGAGAAUUAUCAGAGGAAGAAUUAGGGAAAUUGGCUGUUCAACUGUUUAAUUGUCAAGCAGAAGCAGAGAAUCGACCAACAUUUCUCUGUACAUCUGAUAUGACAUUGGCAGCAUGUACAAAAGAUAUGGAUGCUACAACAUGGAAUGGUUAUCAGAUUGUAGGAAACCGGGCUAGAGCUAUGUGUUACGCAACUCAACAACUACAGUUUCGGAAACUAACAGAAAGAGCAGUGAACAAUUUAGCAAUAACUGCUUACAAUCAUUUGGAAUCCAUGAAGGAAAUAAAGGAUGGGCAAGAACAAAUUCAUAGUUUAGCUACAGAUACUGUUCGAAAAUUGUUUGAAAGUCAACAAGAUUUGUUAACAACACAUGAAUCUUUGAAGUCUGCACAUCAGACGGUAUUUACACAUGUAGCUGAUAAUGUAAAACAACUUGUCCAUGAAAAAUCUCUCAUUGCCACAGGAAAUAAAGAACUAGCAGAAAUGACUGAAAAUAUCAGAGAAAAGCUAGAUACGACAAGUGAGCAUCUAAAGAAUCAAGAAAAACAACAAAGAGAAAAUCAUGAAAAGAUUCUUCAAGAUUUAAGACAAAUACAGAAAAAAUCACAAGAUGCAUUGAAAGAUUUAAGUGGAAGUACAAAACAACUGAUAUCAAAUCAUGAAGAAAUGAUGACACAGUAUCAAGUUAUGUUUAAAAAUUUACAGAAGAUGAAUAACUCUAUAAAUGGUUUGUUGAAGACAGUAUCCGAUAUGCAGGACACAUUAGAGAAAAAACUUGGUUGGGUCUCUAAAUUAUUAGGAGGAGCAGAUGAUAAACUACAUGUUAUUAUGUGUUGUAUCCAUUACAUUGUAUUUUUCUUACUGAUGGUUAUAUUAGCUUCAUUCCUACAACUACCAGUAUUAUUGCGUACUAUAUUGAUGAUACUGAUAGCUGUUAAUGCUGGAUGUGAAAUCAACUAUAAUAAAAGUCUGAGUUUUACUGUAUUGUUUGUUAUUACAUCAUCAACAAUUAUAGCUCACUGGACUAUAGUUUGGAUAAGAUGGCGGGCUAGUAAAGUCUAUGGAACUAACAAGUUGACCUAUACAUCAGGCCAAUCAUUUAACUCAAGAGAAAUAAGAGAAUUAACAAGUGUCUUAGGAAGAUUACAGCAAUCUUUAAAUGAUAGUUUAGAUAUCGAUACUAGUAAUCGACACUGUAAUGGUAAUUCAACAUCUAUACCGUUUGAUGAUAGAAAUCAUCUUUCUAAUAUAACACCAUCACCAGUUCGUCAUACAUCUAUUACACCAUCACCAUCACCUGUCAACAGAUUUCAUCAUACAUCAGUUGAUCCAAUACCAGAAGCUGAUGAAAACCAAAGUCAUAAUUUAUCCCAGGUUAGAAGAUUAUUAAUAAAUCAGAUGGGUGAUGGACCUGGAAGAACAACAUCUCGUUCUUCUACACCAUUAUCAUCACGUAACAGUUCAAGAUCAACAACACCAUUGUUAGGUAUAAAAUGUAAAGGUGUAACAAGAGCUGGUUCUGCCUGUAGAAUGCCAGCUACAUCAGGAUUUGAUUAUUGUUAUAGACAUAGAUAAAUUGUACUGAAUAUAUACUGGUUAAUUCUGUUUUAUUAGCUUUCAGUGUAUGACAAAAUGUUUUUCAGUCAAACUAGAUUGAGAUAAAAUUAUUUGUACAAUAUGUAAUGUGUAAAUUAAAUGAUGUAAUUUUAAUGUAUUUCGUCUGCCUGUAGAGCAGCAUGAUUACAUAUCAUUACUUGGUGUCUGAACACAGAACAUACAGUUAUGUUCUUAGCUCACUUGAGACUACAUGUGAGGUUAAAUGCAUCGUAAAGAAUUUGUGUGAACAGCACAAUCAAGUAUUUUUGGUUUUUAUAUGCCCACAUUUUCAUGUGAACGUAUAUUGUCGUCGCCCCUUUCCGUUUGGACGUCUGGACGUCCGUCCACAAUUGUUUGUAGACAUUCUACAGGUCACAAUUUUUAUCCGAUUUCAACGAAACUUGAAAUAUAGGUUUAUCUCCCUAAGAUCUCGGUUCCUUUUGAUAUUGGCAUGUAUCGGACCGUAACUUCAUGGAUUAUGGCCCCUGAUUUGUUGAAAUUUGAAAUGUAAGUUUAUAACCCAAAGAUCUUGGUUCCUUUCGAUAUUUGCACAUAUCUGACCGUAACUUCCUGAAUUAUGGCCCCUGAUUAUACGAAAAAUCACGUUUUUUAGCUUGUGGACCCCAUAGAGGUCACAAUUCUAUUCCAAUUUAAAAAAAUGAAGGUCGAGGUCCUAAUUUUUAUUCAAUUUUGAUGAAACUUAAAGCAUAUCUUUAUAUUCCAAAAAUCUCAGUCCCUUUUGAUAUUUGCGCAUAUCAGACCAUAACUUUCUGGAUUAUGACCCCUGAUUGUACAAAAAAUCGUUUUUGUUUUUAGCUUGGUCUCUAUCCAUCUCUUGCAAAAUGUAGACGUAUCCUGCCUGGCAGCCGCUGGUUGUUGUAAAAUGAAAAUUUUUACACAGAACAGACAUUCAGUUGAUGCUUAGGGUUGUAUGUAAUGUACAUGAUAAUAAUAAUAAUAAUUUAUUUAUAGAGCGCCUAUAAUCCAAUACUUAGAUUGCUCUAUGGCGCUAUUACAUUAUUGUAAAGGUAUAAAAUAUAAAACAUCUCAAUAAUAAGAACAUUGCACAAUUAGAAUAAAAUAUGGUAUACAAUAAUAAAAAAGUAAACUCUGAAAAAGCUUAAGCAUUUAGCAAUUAAAAUGGCUUUUAAAAAGGUGGGUCUUUAACUUUUUCUUAAAAACAGGCAGGGAAGGGGAAUCUUUAAUUUCAGAAGGUAACUUAUUCCAUAGUUUAAAAGCAGCAAAACUAUAAGAACACAAUCCCUAAAACUGUCGAAUAUUGAAUAAUUUUCUAUGCAACAUUGUGAUUUAUGAUUAAUGGUUUUGUUUGUUAUGAUUCUAUUUUUAAUGCAAUUAUUAAAGGGUCAUUAUGUAAGAUUUCAAAAAUAUAUAAUCCAAAAAUAAUAUAUUGAAAAUGUCAUUCAAAUUACUUUAUUUUGAGCGAAGUUAUCAAUGGUUGUAGUUUUGACAAGAUGUGUGUAUUGAUCGUAACCACCAUACUGCUCGUAGGAGUCAUAGCCUUGCUUCUCCAUUUUUAAAUUAAAUCAUUAAAUGGACAAACUGUUAAAAUCGGAGCCAUUUGAUGGCAUCUAAAUGUAGAAUUGAUUAUGGUCUUGUCAUGUUUAUAAAUAUCUAAUUAAUAAUUUAUAAAACAUUUAAGGCCCAAAGAAAGACCUGCAGUAGACAGAUUUAGCUCCUAUAUAAUGCCUGUUUAAUAAUUUCUUAUAUUACUGUAAAUAUUUGUUUGUAAAUAAUUUUAAUACAUUAAGAUUAUGUUUUGUAAUACAUGUAUGUUGAGUUGGAUGGAGAAAAUAUCAAGGUAUUGUUUUAUAAACCAAGUAAUUGUGCCAUGAUCACUUGAUAUGAAUGAUGUGAUUGAAAGGUAUUGUUGAUGAAUGAAAAUAGUUGGGAGUGAUAUUUCUUACCUAUAAUUUAAAAUGGUGUAUUAUGUAAGUAGAUAUGAAGAUAUCUAUAUAUAUAACGUAGAA